GUUAAAGCGCUACAGAAUGUUUUAUUGAAAUAUUUUUAAAAUUUUAUUUCUAAAUCUAGAUAUUUUGUUAUUUUACUAUUUAAUCACGUAUUAAGCGUGGUUUGAACAAUCGCAUAGAAAAAAAUACAAUAAAUUAAACAGAUCGAAGAAAAAAGAUGUGCUAUGAGUUCUUUAGUAACAUUGUGUACAACUCUCCUUACUACGUAUUCUCCAUUAUGCGAUCCAUGCUGAAUUAUACUAAUUGAAGAUCAAUUUCUUUUUAUUACACUCAAGCUAAAAUCCUUAGAACGUUGUCGAUAAUUAUAGUCAAGACUAGUUAUUAAAAAUGGAAACUGACGACGAAGUUCUAAAUAUUUGCGUACCAGGACAAAGAUUGUGUGCUUCUAGUAAAACUAUUGUAUCAGGACCGGGAACAUAUGAAGAACAAGGUUAUAUUUAUUCUACAUUAGCUGGUAUUUUGGAAACUACUACAGAGGAUAAUAUAAUUACUGUAAAGGUGAAUGCUGUUAUUGAUCAAAGUAUAGUACCAGCACCAGGUGAUAUUGUUACUGCAAUGGUAACCGCUGUUAAUCAAAGAUUUUGCAAAUGCAAUAUUAAAUGUAUAGGUGAUGUAGUUUUAACUAGACGAUACAAAGGAAUUUUAAGAAAAGAAGAUGUACGUGCUAUUGAGAGAGAUAGAGUGGAAAUGUAUAAAUCUUACAGACCUGGAGAUAUUAUUCUUGCAAGAGUUUUACCUAUGACAGAAGCCCAUACUUAUCAUCUAAGUACAGCAGAGAAUGAAUUAGGAGUAGUAAUAGCUCAUAGCGAAGAAGGUGGUGCUGCAAUGAUACCGAUAAGUUGGACUCAAAUGCAAUGUCCAAAGACAUUAUGUAAAGAAUUUAGAAAAGUUGCUAAAGUUGUUCCUGAACAUGUUAUUGCUGAACGAUAAAAUAAAAUUUAUGAAUAUUUAA